CCUCUAUACAAGAGAACUCUUUCCUUCACCAGACAAGUUACCAGAACUCUUUCUGUCAUUUAGUUUUACUUAGCCUUUUAUUUGUGUUGUAAAAAUGUCUACUGCAGAUGAUGAUAAGGCUGCCAAGGGAGAUGAGGUUGUUCCACAUGAACCCUGCAGACCUUUGCAGGAUUCAUCGAUGGACUUUGUGGAGGAUUUCAAAGUGACUGAUGAGAAAAUGUGCAGCAUGCAUGAUAGCGUACAGGCAGUGAAGGAGUCAGAGCUGAGAUCUUCCUGUUCUCUCCAGCAAAACACCCAAACUGUUGCUGAGUUUAUAAAGACCCCAAAUGAUGAUCCUCAGAUACAGAGUGAGUUCAAAGAGGAAAGAAGAGAGGACCUUGAAUGGCCUGUGUUAACAGAGAAUAAAGAAGUACAGAAGGAGGACUCCCAGUUAGACAGCCAGGCCACAGAACCCCAGCUUGCUGAUGCUGAGACAGGAAUCCAAAGUGAGGUAAAGUACAAAGAAGAACAGAGGAAGAAAACCUGCACUAGUUUGCACUCUUUGCUCCCAGGGACCAUAGAAACACAGCUGGCUAAGCAAGUCACAGAAAUACAGAGUGACGUCAGCUAUAAAGAGGCUGCAAAGAAGGACAUUUUAGAUUGCCUGUACUCAAAGUUACCAGAAACAUUACAGACCCAGCAUGCAAAAGAUGCUUACCAACUUCAGAGUGAGCUCAAGUACAAAGAAGGGAAGAAAUGUCUAUCCAGGUCUCUAUACUCCAGUCUACCUGAAACAACAGAGAUGCAGUUUGCCAGAGAGAUGACAGAGAUGAUAAGUGAGAAUAAAUAUAAAGAGAACGGUAAGAGAACAAUUUCCUGCAGCAUCUAUUCUCAGCUACCAGAGACUCCUGAGACUCAGUUUGUUAAAACUGUGUCUGAACUACAGAGUGAAAUUAAAUAUAAAGAAGCAGGUAAGGAUCAGAUGUCCAAGUCUCUUUAUUCUCGGCUCCCAGAAACCUUGGAGACCGAACAUGCUAAAGAUGCCAGCCAGCUACAGAGUGAGCUGAAAUACAAAGAAGAUGGCAAAAAAAUGGCCCAGUCCAGUGUGUACUCAUUAAUGUCACAAACCCUACAGACAGAGUUUGCUAUGCAACAAUCAGACCUACAGAGUGAGGUGAAGUACAAAGAGGAGGUGAGGAAAGAAAAUGUGAACAAUCUGUACUCACUUCUUCCUGAGACCAUAGAGACUAGGUUUGCCCAACAAAUGAGUAAAAUGCAGAGUGAGAGUAAAUAUAAGGAGAUGGGAAAGAACCAGAUGUCCAGCUCUCUGUACUGUCAGCUCCCGGAAACCAAGGAGACGCAACAUGCCAAAGAAAUGUCCCGGAUGCAGAGUGAGGCUAUGUACAAAGGUAUGAGGAAAGGUGAUUUUGCAGGUUCUACAUAUACUUGUGUCCCAGACCCAGCAGAAAUCCGCUUUGCCAAAGAACUCACGGAAAUCCAGAGUGAGAAUAAGUAUAAAGAGAGGGGCCAAAAGAGCCCCAGUGUCAGUAUCUACUCUCAGCUAGCAGAGACCCCUGAAACUCAGUUUUCUAAAGCUAUGACUGAACUGCAGAGUGAGACUAAGUACAGGAAAGCAGGGAAGCUGCAGGGAAGCAGCUCUGCCUACUCACUUCUGCCUGAAACUCUAGAAACACAACAUGCCAAACAGGCCUCACAGCUCAUCAGUGACCUGAAAUAUAAAGAGGGGAACAAACAGGAAAUACACAACUGCUUAUACACUCACCUGCCAGAAACUACUCAGACACAGCUAGCUAAAGACAUCUCAGACAUGCAGAGCGAGGUGAAAUAUAAGCACGGAGGCAUUGUAUCCUCCAGUCUCUACUCACUGCUCCCAGAUACCACAGAGAUACAGUUUGCUAAGCACAUGUGUGAAAUCCAGAGUGAGAACAAGUAUAAACAGGAUGGGAAGAAUGAAGCUUCCUUCUAUUCUCUGAUGCCAGAGACCUUGGAGAUCCAGCAUGCUAAAGAGGCCUAUGAACUCCAGAGCAAUAACAAGUAUAAACAGGAUGGGAAGAAUGACGCUUCCCUCUAUUCUUUGAUGCCAGAGACCUUGGAGACCCAGCACGCUAAAGAAGCCUAUGAACUCCAGAGCAAUUGUAAAUACAAAGAAGCAGGGAAGAAAGCCACACCUAUCGCUCUCUAUUCUCAACUACCUGAAACUCUAGAGACUCAGCACGCCAAAAGGGUGUCCCAACUUCAAAGUAAUCUUAACUACAAAGAGGGUGUGAAAAAGGAGCAGGCUGUAUCUCUGUACUCCCAGAUGCCUGACACCAUGGAAAUUCAACUUGCCAGAGAGAUCACAGCACUACAGAGCCAGGUCAAUUACAAAGAGAAGCGGAGAGCAAUUGGUUCAUCCAGUAGCUACUCUCAGCUUCCAAAUACACAAGAGACUGAGUUUGGAGAAGCUGUGUCUGAACUACUGAGUGAGUCAAAAUAUAAAGAAGCAGGUGAAGAUCAGGCGUACAGGCCUCUUUACUCUCGGCUCCCAGAAACCCUGGAGACUCAACAUGCUAAAGAAGUCAGCCAGUUACAGAGUGAGGUGAAAUAUAAGGAAAGUGGGAAGAAAGUUCUGACAUGUAGUCUGUACGCUCUGCUUCCACUCACCAUGGAGACCCAGCUUGCUGCAAGGCUUUCCAACAUUUACAGUCAUGUCAAAUAUAAAGAGGAGGGAAAGAAGGAGAAGAGCAUUUACUCGGCCCUGCCAGAGACACUGGAGACUCAGUUUGUAAAACAGCAGUCAGAGCUACAGAGCAAGAAUAAGUACAAAAGAGAAAGCCAAAUGGAUCAGUCUGCCUGCCUGUAUUCUCAGCUGCCCGAGACCCUUGAGACACAGUUUGCUAAAGAACUGGCUCCAGUGCUGAGUGAGAGCAAAUAUAAAGUAGCUGGGAAAAAAGAGGCCGCCACCUCUCUCUACCACCUGUUACCAGAAACCAAAGAGACACAGCAUGCCAAACAGGCCUCGGCACUGCAGAGUGAGAACAAGUAUAAACAAAGUGGUAAAAGGAACAUUUCUUGCAAUCUCUACUCUCAGCUUCCAUAUACCACUGACACUCAGUUUGCUGCCAAGAUCUCAGCUCUACUGAGUGAGGUAAAGUAUAAAGAUGAUGGGAAGAAGAAAGCUUCAUCCAGUAUCUAUUGUCUGCUGCCAGAGACCACAGAGACUCAGUUUGCUAAAAUGGUGUCCCAUAUCCAGAGUGAGGCCAAAUACAAGAAGGCUGGGAAAGAGGCAGUGUCUUCUGCUCUCUACUUUCUUCUACCAGACACAGUGGAAACACAGCAUGUUAAAGCAGUUUCUCAGCUUCUGAGUGAGAAUAAAUACAAGGAGAAAAGCAAGACAGAACUGACAAACUCCCUGUACUCUCUGCUGCCAGAAACCAUUGAAACUGGGUUUGCUAAAACAGUGUCUGAACUGCAGAGUGAGAUUAAGUACAAAAAGAAAGGAAAGGAAGAUAUGUCUAAAAGCAUCUUCUCCCAUCUCUCCAAUACUCAAGAAAUGCAAUUUGCCAAACAAGUGGCUGAAAUACAGAGUGAGAAAAAGUACCGAGGAGGGAUUCGUUCGGAUCUGUCUGCCUGCCUGUAUGCUCGGCUGCCUGAAACCCUUCAGACUCACUUUGCUAAAGAACUGGCUCCCACACUGAGUGAGCAUAAGUAUAAACAAGAAGGGAAGAAAGAGAUGGCCACCUGCCUGUAUGCCUGUCUUCCUAAAACCAGAGACACACAGCAUGCCAAGGAACUUUCCUGGUUAUACAGCAAGAAAAGCUAUGAAGAAGGAGGGAAGAAAGAUGCAAAAGUGUGUCUUUAUGCCAAGAUGCCACAGACUAUUGAGACAGUGUUUGCUAAAGAAGUCAGCAACCUUCAGAGCAACAGAUUGUAUAAGGAAAAGUACAAUGCAGAAAAAGGAAAGUCAAGCUAUGCCAGUUUGAAAACCCUGCCAGAGGUAGACCAUGCAAUGGAGGUCAACAAGCAACAGAGCAACGUGAUCUACAGGAAGGGGAAACAGGAGCUGCAUAAGUUCCAUGAGGUGUCAGACAGGCCAGACAUUCUCAAUGCCACACAAGCUACAAAACUCGCGAGCAAUGUGGCUUAUAAGAACAAUAGCAAAGUACAUGUCUAUAGCCAUCAGGCCCUGCUGACAAGAAGUGAUAUUCAACAUGCAAAGGAAGCUUCCAAACUCGCCAGCCAGGUACACUACAAACAGAAAUUGAGACAGACCUGAAGGACAGAAAUUCCACUACAACCCAAGUGACUGUAUGUCAUUUAAACACCUCCAAGCUGCCUCAGACCUUGCCAGUCAG